AUGAGCUUGUGGGAAUUUGUAGAGAAACCCAGUGCGCAAGAAAUACAGGAAAUGGCAAAGAUUCAAGAAAGAGGUCAGUAUGAGUCAAUCCACUGUCCUUCUUUUAUCUUGUGAGGUCUUUGUGGGCGUUUUAGAAGAAUUCAGAGCUUUUGGAGGGGGUAAAAAAUGGAGGUAUGGUGUAUAUUUUUUAUUACUUUCUGUGAAGUUUGUGGAGUACAGCUUAAUUUUGCAGAAAGUAAAAGCCUUUUUUACAAUUACAACGCUUAUGUUUGAAUUUUGUGUUGAUAACUUGCAACAUAUUUUCGAUCGCGUCGUCUUAAUUACUGACCUGGUUCGAAGGAGUCAAAAUGAAAGCAACGUUUUGUUUGUUUUUUCAUUUCAUUCAUAAGCUUACUAAAAUCUUGCCGUGUUAGCCGAAAGUGAAAGUCUUUAUGAUGGGAAGAAGGGAAAGAUAAAUCAUUCUUUCAAGAAAUGUGCACUUUAUGAUGCAUCAACAAGUCUAGGCAGAAUUCACCCUUCAUGCUUCACUAGUAUCAUUAUAUUAUGGACUGUUGCUUACUGGAACGUAGUUGACAAUUCACGUCAAGAGUAAUUUAACUCCAGAAGCAUCAGGUUCUUAUAUUUCAGUGAUGGAGACAAUGAAUAGCAUAAACAUUGUUUUAUUUAUUUUUUUAUUUAAUUCAAUAUUUAUCCAGGGGCAUCCAAUUUAGCAGAGCUAGUUUAAAUGGAGCCCUGACAAAACACAAAAACAAAGAUAUUAAAACAUUAAAAUUAGACAAUUGAUUAAGUUAAGACAACAUGUAACGCAGGUGUUACUGUUUAAAGUGGUGCUUUAGCUUGAUUUUGAAUUCACUGACUUGCAGUAUUCUGUUUGGACUCCAAGACAACUUCUCUCCAUGAUAGCAAUAACAAUAAAGUAAUGCUCCAUCAAGAACAAAUCUUCCAGACUUGUGACUACAAUUUUCUUCGAGAGCGAAAAGCACAUGUUAUGACAGCCGAUAAUACCAAUGGAACAAAAUGUUCCAGGUAGGGUUGUCACAUUACAAGUCUAGUCUCACGGGGGUCAAAACGAUCUACCACUUUGGAUUCGGGCCCAAACAUGCAGAGAGCAGAUGCAGAAAGUGUCCCUUGUCCAUGGGUUAAGCUUGAUCAUACUUUGCUUUGCUUUGCUUGUAGGUUUAGGUGGAGGCUCUCACAACUUUUCUACGAUGUGUUUUGGACCUUGUUAUCAUGUUGAUGGAGGUUUGACUUCUUUAAGUACCUCAAAAGAUGGAUCACAAGUCGUGGUUGCUGGAAGAAAUGGUGAGACAAUGUCCAAGGACCAUUUUGUAAACUUCAGUGGAACCAUUACCCCCCUCCCCCCACUCCACGACUCCACGUCCCCCUACAUACCUACCAUGUGGCCAUAUCAUUAUCAUGGCUACUUUGAUUUGUCUAGUUACAGUGCGACUACUAUCAGUAAUGGGGCCAUCUUGACAAAGUUGAACAUUCAGAUUACAAGAGAACAACAAUACAUUCCAAGAAAGUUGGCCUUGGGCCAAUCAGCAGUUUGUAAAAAAAACAAUCAGUUACUGCCAGCACAAAAUUUAGAUAGUGACAGCAAAUGUUUUUCAAGAAAGCAAAAUGUUUCACCGCAUAAUGUUUUCUAUUUGAAACUUAUAACACCCAGGAGACAUACUUGUUUGACACAAGCUGUCAUUUUGUCAUUUACCAACAAUCUUGUUGCUACCAUUGUUGUGUUUUGCAAGAACAGGCAACCUUAAAUGUUACUAAUUAACAUUUACGUUUUUUGCCUCAGUCAUGCACUUUAACGGACCUCUCAGGAAACAUGGGCUUUCUUCAGCUGGUUCGAAAGGUCAUGACUGUUGGUUGUAAUUGGUUGAUUUCAAUUCAUGUUGUUUAUUUCAUUUCAUGGUAAUUAUGACUGACAACUAACUUUCUUGGAAUGUAUUGUCAUUUUCCUGUAAUCCGGUUGGUCAACCUUGUCCAGGUGGCCCUGGUUAUGGUAGUCACACUGUAACAUGUCCAUAGAUUUUCUUACAAGAAAACCCAGUAACGCUGCCAGCAAAUUAAUGUGACCAACAACAAUAUAAUAUUAUUGUGACAGCUUAAAGGGACAGGUUUACUGUUAAGCCCAUGCUCAUCAAUUAAAUUACUUCUUUCCAAUUUAUUAUUGAUUCUAUUGGUUAUCCCACUCACAUGUAUCUCAGCGAUCUCAGAGUGUAUUUCAAAGUAGAAUAGUAUUUCAUAGUAACCUGAAGUAGGAUGGAGGAGUACUAAAAUCGCAGAAAAAAUUAGUGGAUUAUGCCAACACCACCAACGUUGAAUUUAUUGUUGACCCGAAGGUUUUAUUCCAUGGUUGAUUAAUUUACAGCUAUUUGCAAAUAUUUAAGUUGAUCAAGUGCAAGUGACUGCCAGGGGAGUGUGCAGAUUGGUUCUUUGACAACAUUAUGACAUGAUCAUAUUGCUUGCAUAGACGAUACAGCAUGUCCCGGCAGGAAAACAGUAUUUUGAUAAAUGAGCUUGCGCUGAACCAUGAACCUGUCCCUUAAACGUGCAUACCCCUUAAUAAUUCACCUCAUUCAUACAACCUCGUAAAUCUUUUUUUUUUUUAAGAACUGACAUUAAGUUACAAAGAAAAAUAAAUCUUAAGUCCUGACAGAGUAUUUGUGAAAUCAGGAUUUUAUUCAUUUGACAAGUACAGUUUCCUUUAAUUUAUAACCAUGCCCUUUACAAAUUCAGCAAUAGUCUAUAAUAGGAGUUUACAAUAGAAAACAAGAAGAGAAAACAGCCAAAUGAAAAUUACCCCACCCCACUAAAAUGGCCACUCCACCAUGACGAAUUCUUUUUGACCUUUUAGUCGCCAUAUUAAUGGAGCUCUAACUGUACUCUUCAAAAAGUCGGUAAUAUUUAACAAAAAACUGAAAUGUUAGUCUGACUAUAACGGUAUGGCUAAAAUUUGUCUCUAGUUUUUUGGGGCAAGAUAACAUAACAAGAAGCAGGUUUGCAAUUCAAAGUCUAUAUGUUCACCUAUCAACAUACCAAGGAAUCACUGUCUAUUUUAUUUUGAGAUGUUCUACUCUGAUCUGUUUCCUGGCUAAAACAUCUUAGACCUUUCAAAAAUAAUUUGGUACCGUGGGUCCAUUUACCCCUUUUACUCAAAGACCAUGAUAUGGCUUGAUUAUUUGUUUCCCUAACUCUUAAAUCGGUGGAUAAAAUCUUAUGGUGUUGCCAUUCAAAUAAAACCUCUUUUACAGAACUUUACCAAGUAGUACCACGAGUUUACUGUUUACCUUGGCAUCAUACAUUUGUUUUUCUACUAUGUUUUUACAUUUCAGUUUUGUGUAAGUUUCCUCUGACUGGCUACCAUGCCAUGUUGCCUGUGUUUGCAGUAUAUUAACUUUGUCAUACUACCUGUACUUUAAAAGGUGCACAAGUGAUUAUUAUGUGAACAUUGUUUUGGUAUUAUUUAGUUUUCAAGGUGAUUGGGAUUGAAGAAUCUGCAUUUGUAGAGAAAACAAAUCUGAGAGUAGGAAGAAUCAACCUGAACUUCAGUAUAACAGACGUCCAGUGGCAUCCAUUUGAAGGUGAUAAAUGUUUUAGCAGGAUCUCAUUAGCAGCUGAUCCUAUUUCUUCCUAGUUUACAUGAAGUUAAAUCUGUUUAACACAGUUAACAACGCGGAGCGAGGGUGUGGUCAGCGGUCAGUUAUCUGGCUCAAGCGCAGUCAGCCUUGUUUGAAUCACCUUUAUGUGCUAAGUAAAACUUUUUCCUGGCGGCCACUCUCUUUGUUUAGCCUUUGGAUCAUUAUUUUACUCCCAUUCCUCCCCCCCUUUAUUCUUCCACUGAUAAAUCAGUGUGACAGGUGCCUGGCUCGAUUGGUGUGGGGGCUCACGGCUUGAGGGUGCAGGUUUGCCAGCCAUGGGGGCGUAACUCUUUCUAGGGGCUGGCUGUGCCAAAAGUGGAAGCCCCUUGACAUCCCUGGCACCCAUCUCCACUAAGCGAUGCAGUUGUUAAAUAUUCUUUUCUCCCAGCUUCCUUUCUUGCUUGUCCUAAUUCCCUUUCUUUCUAUACUCCCAGCUGCCAGCUCCCAUUCUCCUAGUUAAUCCCCUCUUCGCCCAGUAACAUGCUGCUUAUCUUCUUAUUUCAUCUCUCCUUGUAUGGUCCUCUUGUUAACACUUUCAGUCACAAUAUUCACAUACAAAUUACUGACCUCCAAUACUGAUCUCCUUAUUCCCUGGAAAAAUGUUUGAGAGAAAUAUUUGUGUAAAGAUAAAACAUUAUUUUUCCCUUUGGCGAUCAUUUUAGCACUGAUGAAAAGACAAGCAGGAGUGUAUCAUGCCUCGAGUGUUUUAAUGCAAAAAUACACACCUGCGAGUUUUUUAAACAGUACUAAAAUGAUCGCCAAAGGGAAAAUGUUUGAUCUUUAAACAAAGGAAUAAUAAGGAAUAAUAAAACAUCUAUUUUAAAACAAAAUUGUUAAAUUUGUCCAAUUAUCUUGAUCUGGAAAAGAAAACAAUUAGAACAAAAGAAAAAGGACACUUGUUUAAUAUUACAUGACGCUGUUACACUGCUGACCACAUAGUCUGCUACACAGCCGUUUUUAGUGUCGUCACGCAACGCUCCUCCCCACUAACGGCUGCUGAAAACCGAACUACAUUCCUUUCCCUUUGUGUUUGUGGUCUAACGAACAAACCAAUCAUGUACAAGAAAUUUGAAAAUACGUGAGCCGCUGGGCGCUAGGAAGCGAUCACGCUUCUCAGUUUUCGACAAAUCAAUCAAUCGUCGCUGAAUUUAGACGGGCUCUGUGUUUUCAAGCAACGAAAAGGUUAAUUUGCGAAAAAGUUUGUUUUAAGCAGUCAAGAAAGUUUCAAGUGAAAAAAAGGUUUGAUAGGCCUAGAAAACUUUUACCAGGAUCGGUUGGUUCUUCAUUUAACGUGCAUAUGUGCUGAUAUGUAGUGAAGAAUUUAAUGUACCGGAUGUGCUCAUUGUGUUCUGUGAAGACUAAACUCUCAAGGGUACUGAUUCAAAAAGCAAUCUUAUAAAUUAUCGAUGAGCGAUUUCCCGAAACUAUACCUGGCAACUUCAUGAGCACAUCCAUGUUGUGCAUCGCAAUUUUCUCGACUUGCUUGCUGUUGCUGCUUAUCUCCUAAAUUUUGAAUAGGACUCGACUACGACAACACUGUAGUUACACGUGACAAUUUUGAUUAUUCUGUCAUUCACACAUGGGGCAACGAUAAAAGCAAAGCUGUGAUUGGAGGAGUCACAGUACCGCAAAGGUGGCGCGAACACCUUCCAGAAUGGGAGCUGAGUUAUAAUUGGCUAAUCAUGGGAAAGAAAUGUAGUUCAGUUUUCAGCAGCCGUUAGUGGGGAGGAGCAUUGCGUGACGACACUAAAAACGGCUGUGUAGCAGACUACUGACCACACUGCUUGUCUCUGAAAUCAAAAUGGCUGCCCAAGAUACCGCAAUCGAAGGUUUCAGAUGUCUUGCAAGACUUUCUUUAGUGGUAAAUCACCUUAAAUAACAUUAAGAUUCAGAAAUUGUUUCGUUAAAGUUAGAAUUCAUUGUUUACUUUACUUGAAUUUAGCAUUUUUUUUACAAAUUAUGCGAUUUGAGGUCAAUUGUGCAAAAUCGCACCAUCACGUAAUAUCAGAUGGCCUGAUUAUUAAUGAGUUUUGAAUUAAUUUUUGUAAUGGUUUUUUUACUUGAUUAUGUAUGGAUAUUUUUAGGAGAUAAUUAAUGUUGGUCACCCUUGGGACUAAUAAGGGGUGUCACAUAUUUGUAACAUAUUCGUGUAUAAUAAUAUAGGAAGAGUAAUAUAAAUUUAGUUCCAAUAUUUUUUUAUAUUAGCACUGAAGCACACGUACCAUCUCCACGGUAUGGCCAUUACCUUGCACAUAUGCACACUACCAUAAUCCAGCAGUGGCAGCCAUGGACAGCUGUUUCGCCCUUUUUGGGGCUCAUCAGCAUCACAUUGCCGUCAGGUCUAUGAACAGGUGAACCAGUGUGUCAAAACCCUUUACAACUACGACUUGUCUAUGGUGAAGCUCGGCAGUUACCGCCGGGGUCGAUGACCUUUCGCCUAGGCCUUUGCCAUGCUGAUGAGUCCUUAGCUAAUGAGGAGGAAACAGCUGUCCAUAGCUGCCACUACCGAGGUGAUAUGGUUGUGCGUAUGUAUAUAUAAGGUACUGGCCAUGUACAUGUGCUUCAGUUCUUAAAUUGAUAUUGUUUUUAAAUUCAGUUACUUUGGUAUGGCUCAUGAUCAUAACUAACUAGAAAUUUCUAUUUCAAAUUUAAAUGAUUUAAUUAUUUUGGCAGAUCAUCUCUUGGCUACUGCAGCUGGAAAUGGAGCUAUUGUUCUUUGGAAUUUAAACAAAAUCACAAAACAGAAACAAGGUAAAGAUCACAUCUCGAGGGAAGUUCCAGGGUGUUCUUUAAAUGUCUGGUUUUAUUUCCUUUUUAUAGGUGUGCUAAGUUUAUUAGAAACUUCCAAUGGCGAGAGGGGGCUCAUCCAGAUCUGAAGUCUAGUUUUUACCUUCCUUAUCAUCAUCAUCAUCAUCAUCAUCAUCAUCAUCAUCAUCAUCAUCAUCAUCGCCACCACCAUCAUCAUCAGCAUCAUCAGCAUCAUCAGCGUUAUUAUCUGUUCCUGGGCACCUUGAAUAAAUACUAAAAAACAAUAUUCCCUUAAUAGCCUCUGUCCCACCAAAGAGCUCCCCCGACCUGUAGUUCUUUUUCUUCUGUGCAUCUCCAUGACUACCUUGGUCUACCUCUCUUUUUUCUUGUUUUUUUUUUGCCAUAAAAGUAUUGGCCUAUCUUUAUUUCCUUUGUAUUAGUCUUGAAAAUUACUGUGUUCUACCCUUGCUAAGGAUUGUAAACCAUCAAGAGACAUUUCAUUAUUAAUUUUCUGUGUGUAAUCAGUAGCAAGUGUAGUUAUUGUCUUAGAGUGUGAAAUCAUUAUCUAAAUGAGGGCUUGAAAUAGUUUUGCAGCUGGCAUCGGUCAAGUUGCCUCAGACACAACCCAUUUUAGCCAGACUGUUACAAAGUGUCCAGUUAUCCAAGGAUUUGAACAUUACAAAGCCUUCUUUUGACCAGCCAUUGUCCAUUGAGUGGCUGUUAUUUCAAGCCCACUAAUCCCCUGUCAAAUUACUCUUGAGGAAGUUCUGUUUACUUGUCCAUGUGCACGGAGUUGAGGAGACAUUCCUACUCCUUAGCUGAAUAUAAUUAUGAAUGCACUCAAAGUCUCAGCCGUAACAGACAUGGUAAGAAUUUUUUAUUGUCUUUCCUUUGUCAGAGUUGGUAUUCACAGAUCACAAGAGAACAGUCAACAGGAUUCAAUUUCACCCAGUUGAGAAGGAUAUACUACUGAGUGGAUCUCAAGAUGGAACAGUAAAAUUUUUUGUAAGACAAAAAUGUUUUAAAUUGAUUAUGAAAAUAAUGUGAUCCUUCUGACCCUUAUUAAUGUUCUGGGCCCAGUUGUUCUAAGGCCAGCUAAGGCUAUCCAUUAAAUUUCAAUCCAAGUUUCUUUUCUUCCAAAGCAUUUCUCCGACAAUUUUCUCUAUUCUAUUUAGAGCACCCUCUCCAAAAAAUUGUAGGCAAGGAGAAUUAACUGAAUUUGCCUUCUAAGCUUUCAUAUCUUAAUUCACAUUUCAGACAAUCCAGGAUUAUCUUAACCCAGCUUUGAACAACCCGGCCCUAAAAUCAUGUUAUUGGUUUAACUUAAUCAAGUUUUUAUGAGUGAUAUAAUCUGUAAAUGUUUCAUUGUUUUUAUUCACUUCAAAGGUAAGCCAUCAAUUAAUUCUUUUUCAUCACGUGAAUGCUGAGCUAUGUUUCUUGAAACAGAUGUCCAACCACCUCUUGUAAAACCAACAAGACCACUUUUUGAGGCAUCAGUUUUCAGCACUGUCAACCCACCAGGUCUUAAAAUAUUGAGAAUCGAUAGGGAAGGGGUGAUAUAGCAAAAUACUCGUUGACUCCAUUGUCAUGAAUUUGUGAUGUGUUACCUGACUGGUUUACUUCCCACCAAUCAUAUUAUUGGGUAUAUUGCAAUGGCAUAAUAUACCAUACCGGAGUUUAUGAGGAAACGUUCGAUGUUAACAGUGAAAUACAAAAUGUAGCUCAAACAAUGAAAAAUAUUUUAAAAUUUACUUCAGUGAUUAUACGGGAGAUUUCAUAUUCUAAUCUGACCCGGGAGAUACGGUCCAAACUCUGGAGUCUCCCCGAUUAUCCGGGAGACUUGACAACACUGAGUUUUACAUUUUUUUUUCAAUUAAAAAAUGUGUACAGUAUAAGACUUGAGUUGAGACCUGAGUCGAGACUAUGAGAACCAUUAUUAGCAACCUGACUUGUUGAAACCACAAUUUGUAAACAACAAUUACAGCUAUCUAUUUAUUCUUCACAUAUUGUUCCAGGAUUUACGAAAACAGAAUGUUGCCUCAACAUUUCAUGGAAAAUCAGAUAUCAUACGCGAUGUUCAGGUACAAUUAGGAUAAAAUUCAAUUGGGUCAGAAUUACGGGAUUGAAGAACCCUAUUGGGGACUCUCACAAUCCAAAGGCUAGACAAAGCGAGUGACCACCAUGAAAGCGUUGUACGUAGUACGUCAGGAGCUGAUGCAAGCAAUUCUGACUGCGCUUGCACCACCACACUGACUGCUGACCGACAAUACGAGUCCGUGCUCUUUGUAGUUAAUCGCGUUAAAUUUCAUUUAACUUCAUUUUAAGAGUGAAAGGCUGACUUUCUGUCUUUUAAUGGGGCUGUCUAGCAGUAUGGGCUUCACACAGGUUACCAAUUCACUGCUGAGUUUUUACAAUAACUGAACAAUUUCUUGUGUGGUGAUUGAUCGAGAGUUAUGUUAUGAGAGUUCAUGUGCAGACCAUGGUAUGGAUGUGAUGAUUGCGUAAGUUGUUUGUAUUUAUCUCUCCAGUGUGAUUUUCCCUAGAAACUGGAAGCCAAAAACUGUCAAUGGUAUUGAAAAAAAAAAAGACAGCAAAUUUCCAUAUGUUCGUGGGGCUAGCUUCGACUCUAAUGACUUUGAAAAUUUCCAAAGUUUUAUCAAAUGAGGCCAGGAGGUAGCUAGCAGCCUAGAUUAAAACAGUUGGUAAAUUAAAGUGCAGACGACAUGGCUUUAUUUCAUUUUUUUAACAGUUUAAUCCGUUUGAUGGACUAACAUUUGCCACAGCAUGUGAAAACGGAAAUAUUCAGGUAACGAUUUGUAUGUAAAGGGGCUAAUACAUUGUAAGGGUUGGUAAAGGGUUGAACACACCCAGAGUCAGUCGUUGUCCAUUUUCAACUUUUGACUCUGUUGCCAAAAUCCUCAAAUGUAAAUAUUCAAAGGAAAUUUAUGCGACUUUACGCUGCACACAGUUUGUUUGAAAAGUGAUCCUCUUCUUGAAAUUUUUUUGGAGGGGAUACACGUGUGAGUUGUAAGGCUGUUGUAUCUUCCUUUACAAUAAGUUAGGUAAUUUAUCAUUUAAAUUAAUUAAGUCAGUUUUACCACCGUAAAGAGAUUGAAGUGCUAGCGUAGCCUGAGAAAACAGCGGAUAUUUUGCGACACCGCCACUGGCUUCCCCGCAAAAUAAUCACCCUUGUUUUUCAUGUUACCUUGUUCCCACGAAUAGCAUUGCUCCACCAUUUGAUGUAUAAACCAUACACAACACACAGUCCCUUGAUUUGCUCUGGCAAGGGCUAACGCUACCGUGAGAAAACAGCCGACAUUUUACGACGCCACCACUGACUUCCCACGAAAUGAUGUCUGAGAAACGAGCGAAGAAAUUCCAUACUGAUGACGUGUCACUACCCAGAUCUGGGUAGCGCUUCUGAUUGGCUGAAAUUUGCGUCAACCAAUCAGAAGCACAAACAAUAGCCAGAUCUGGGUAGUGACACGUCAUCAGUAUGGAAUUUCUGCGCUCGUUUCUCAGACGUCAUUUCGCGGGAAGUCAGUGGUGGCGUCGUAAAAUGUCGGCUGUUUUCUCACGGUAGCGUUAGCCCUUGCCAGAGCAAAUCAAGGGACUGUGUGUUGUGUAUGGUUUAUACAUCAAAUGGUGGAGCAAUGCUAUUCGUGGGAACAAGGUAACAUGAAAAACAAGAGUGAUUAAGUUGAUUGAGAGGGGAUUUGAAAAGCGCCAAUGUGAAGAGAACGGUUUUGUUCGAGAUUUUCUUCGCGUUUUUUUGUGUUGCCUUGGUUUAGGAAGAGAUGUUAGCCUACGAAGCAGGCGCUUGCAAGUAAUAUGCAAGAAAGAACACCCCAGGGGAGAGGGAGCGCAUUCCCGAGAGGCCCACGAAAAUCUUUCCCCUUGUGUGUCCUCCUCGCGCGCCCUGUUUUUCUUGCGCCCAUUACUUUAAGCGCCUGCUAUGUAGGCUAAAGAGAUGUAGAUUGCUAAAAUUUGGCAAGAAUAAUUCGAAGGGAUGAAAUGGCGCAUGACUGAUUCAGCCUUGUUCCUAGGGUCCUCUGGUUUCCAAAUUGGGAGCUAUAGAAAGGAAGACGGCGAUGGCAACAAGAACCUCAGAAAGCAAUAUGUUUAGAUUGGCAAAACAACAAGUUUUCAUGUGUAUCACUCUUUUUUUGUACAUUUCUUUGCCAUCACUGCACGACCUGGAUGUGAAAAUGCCUAAUUUCAUGUUUUAUGGAGGACGUAAACAAGCGACGACAAAUUUUUCUUUCUCUCCUAAACUUGAGUGAGGUCCCCAGGAACUCAAUUCCAGGGAAAUUCGCCGACAAUUGACAUUUUCAGCGAUUUGGAAUAAACACGACAAAGUUUGAAAAACGCGAUUUCAUUUUAAGAGUAACGUUUUUGCUGCCGUCACUGUCGUUGAUGCCAAAGCUCGCUAAUAAUUAUAACGGCGGCAGGAGUGAAGACCCUGUCACACAGCCGAACCACGUGACUAAUUUUUCUUCUGACGCCAUGUUGAAAAGUGAGAAGCCCCUGGGGACAAGGUUGCGACUGACUUGUGGUGCAUUUUUUCCAUCCUUUUUAUUGUAGUUAUGGGAUAACCGUCAGACCAGCUCUCCUUUCAUCCAACAAGUUGGACACAAUGGACCUGCAUUUGCUAUUGAUUGGCAUCCAGAAGAGAAGAACUGGGUAGCUUCUGCAGGAAGAGACAAACUUAUUAAGGUAGCAUGGCAAUGUUUUUGUUUGUUUUUGUUGUUGUUGUUGUUGUUGUUUUUAAUGCUUUAGGGAAUAAAAAUUUCACUAGAGGUAAAUUUGGUUGGGUACCGAUUCUUUGCGUUUCAUGCCUGUGAAGAAAUUUUUUGCAAAUUUGGGAUUUCUGUCCCGGGGGUCACUCAAAAAGUUCUACACAGGUAGACUCCGCCCGAGCUCCAACCCCAUACCCUUUUAUGUAUCAUUUAAGGACAGAAAAGGUACUCUCUCGUAUACCUGACAUUGACAAAUUUGUGCCCUUUCAUAGACCUACAAUCAGGGGCAAAAGUAGUUGACUCACUUGUUUAAAACGGAUGCUUUUAUCAAACAUUUAAUUCAUUUAUUAUUUCAUUCCUUUUAAAUGCCGUAAAUACCCUCACCCCCCGGAUCAAGCCUUUUAGGUCCUUUCGCAGUCCACAGCGACAGAUUUUCCUACCCUUUCAUUUACUUCAAACUAGUGAAAUCCAUAUACCUAAAGCCUAAAAAAGGUACCCCUUUCGGGCGGAGCCUCCCCGUAUAGGCCAUUAUAGGGAGUACCCCCCAAGUAUUUCGGCGGCUGAACCAUCCCUGAGGAAAGUGAGGAACUACGAGUAGUCUAAGUCCAUGGCUUGCACAGUGAACUCUUGUUCCGACACGAUCCAUCCAAUCCCAAGCGCCAACCUUGCCUACGGCUGUUGUUGCCUUUACUGAAUCAACACUCAUUAUUGAUAACCUAAUUGCUUCGUUAUACUGCAGGUUUGGGAUAUUUACGCUAAGCCUAGUCUUCUCAAUACUAUUCAAACGAUAUCUGCAGUGGCUUGUAUCAAGUGGAGGCCACAAAGAAAAUUCCAGAUUGCAAGGUAGGGCUAUGACUUCAUUUCCUACUGUUUACUGGCACCAUCACCGGUUGGACAGAAUAUCAAGAGGUUGUCCCUUUGAUAACAGUCCCCUCCCCCCUACAGAUCAACCACCCUAGACCACAGACAGCACAGUAGUAGUAUAAGAGGGAUGUUUGGAUCAAUUGAAGUUUCUGGGAAACUGCCCACCUACCCCUCCCCUAACCCAACAUUUGGCCCUAUGUGAGAAGUAAGUGUUAAUGUUGACUUAGGGGAGGGGUAGGUGGGCAGUUACCCAGAAACCUGAAUUGUUCGGGAUCGGGGAUUCAUUAACGCCGAUGACAUCAUAGCCUUUUGUCUUUAUCUCAUAGACAAAAUGCGGUGGAAUCUCAUUCUUUCUAAUACAAUAGAAACAAUAGACUCACUCAACCUUGACCGGUUUAACCUGUUUGUCGUGUUCUAGUUUUAUCGCCAUUAAUAUAUUCCCCCGCAAGAUAAUGAGAUUCCCCCGCUUAAAAGGGAGUAAAACAUCUCUACCAUACUACUAACUGACUGCCCCACACAGUACGUUAGUGAGUCACGCCACAGUUAAUUAAAGUGGAAUGGUUGGGAAACCCCUUGUUGUAGGUUUUUGUUAGCUUUUUUGGACCUGACUGUGCACAACGUUCAAUAGCAUUCCUAUCAUUUUGAACUUACUGACCAAUAGAAACAUUGCUUUAAUUUAUUCAGUCACCAUUUGGGAACAUAAAACAAAGGAUUGACGUUGGCCUAGGGGAGGGGUAAGUGGGCAGUUUACCAGAAAAGUAUGAUGAUCCUCGUGGGAUCCUUUCAGUCCCAAUAUCCACAUCAAACUUCUCCAGACUGUUCUCCAUUUAUUUUCGUAAAGAGAAGGUUGAGAGAAUUUGAUAAAAGAAAAAGCAUUUUUCCCAUGGCGGUCAUUCUGUUAAUUCUCCUAACUAUUUCUAUUGAUGGUGUAUUGAUGUUGUUUGGGAGAAAAUUGAUGUUGGUCACUCCUGUUUCCUUUCAGUUGCUCUCUUCUUGUUGAUUUUGAUAUCCAUGUCUGGGACAUCAGAAGACCUUACAUACCUUAUGCGUCUUUUAGCGAACAUAAAGAUGUCGUUACAGGUAAUGCACAAAAAAGAUUAUGCCUCUUUGCGUUAAAUAAUUUCCUUCCAUCUUUGAAUCUGUUAGACUUGAACAGAUGUAUCUUUCUUUAUUGUAAAACCAUUAUAACACGUGUAUCACACAUGGACUAAACUAAAUAUCACGUGACAAUGACGUCACAGUUGUUGUAGCUCUAAAUCGAAUCGCAGCACUUAUCAGCAUUUUAUUUAGAAAUGCCUGACGCUGCCUGUACUCUGGGUGCUUGUCUUUCUUUUUUGCGAAGUUUCACAAAAAUCUAUAAGAGGACUGACUUUGGAAUAUUUACACAAAUUUGCGCUUACGUUAGACAACGUAAAAAGUGUUCAAUGGACACGAAAUUCUGGGAUUGUAUAGUACACUGAUCAAUUGCAGCACUUAGAUUUUUGAAAGAAAAUCCAUUGAAGAAUUUUGGUUUAAUCGCUGUCUUCGUGAAAGUAGCCUUUGAAGUUACAAAAAGAGCUCAGCAUUGCGUUAAUAUGCCGAUGAGGGCUGCAAGUCGAUCCAGAGCUAAAACUGUUGUGACGUCAUUUUCACGUGAUCUUUAUUCCGAUCGCCCAAAAAAUAAUAUCAUAAAAAAGUUUAGUGUAUGUGUAAUACAUGUGUUACAAUGGUUUCACAGUAGGAUACAAAGGAUUCAAAGAUGGAAGGUGUACCUACAAAACUACUGGGUCGAGCCACCUUAAAUGAAUGUUUAACUGUGACAAUAGACCGAUCGAAACGCACCAAUGACAUUACGAGUCUUCAUGGCCAAUAACAUCACGGCUUAACUGGCAGACGACCAAUAACAUUGGGACUUAAUUGACCAAUCAGAUCAAUAACCAGAGUUUAAUACCAUCAACUGACGAGAUACAACUCACUUUGACUCUGAAGAUGACUACCGCACCGGUUGUCGAAACGUCAGUCACUGUCAACAACAGUCCUAUUCAUGACUAUGUUCACCCGGACGAUUACUCAACCUACUUCUGAAAUGACUCCUGGCUUCACACCUUUCACAGAUGAACGUGAAAUUAAUUGUAAAUGACAAAAUUGCAUGUCUCCCACCAAGCAUUACGCCAAACGUUACAAAAAAAAAAACUAAAAUGAACUUUCAAAAACUGUCAGGCUAACAAGUUUUUUAAAACCCCUAUUGCAAUUCGUUUCAAUCUUCAAAUUUGUUCAACCGUGCCUCCUUUUAUAUUUGCUGUGUUUAUUAUACAUUCUUUCCAUGUUUUGAGCAGUUAAUUUCAUGUUCCGCUCAGUUUGUUUUCAGUUCUCACUGUUAGCCUGUCCCAGGCUCCGAGAUAGUCGGGCCCGCGGAAUUGAGAAAGCGCGAACACGAAGAAAAACGGGAGGAAACUGGGGAGAGGGGGGCGGCUUCCUUUUCACUUUUUCCCGCCCCGCCCCCAUUUUCGCGCACCCUACACUUUCGCGUCUUCCCCACUCUUUCGCGCCUUCUCCACUAACUGAGAGCCUGGAACAGGCGAUUCCGACUGUUUGAAUUUUGAUACAUUUCGUGACCCUGCUCCUUUAAAUAGUAGCACUGAGUAACUCAGAAAUGUUUGGUUUUUUACUAACCACACAAGCACAAGUACAAGAAUCUGGUGUCAUAUAAAAACGAACGCUGACGCAAACUAGAGAAAAUACGGAAGGAAAAUUUUGUUUCUUGUGCGUAUGCUUGGGAGUAAGACAUUUUAUCGUAAAGUAAGAAGGACUCUAAUGCCCACGCUGGUACUUGUGUUACCUGUGAAAAUCAGGCUUGUCGUCAUGUAUAAUGCUGGCGUGCGCCGGGGAAGUUAAGAUUUUGUAAGACGACAAGCCUAGUUUUCGUUUCUAUGGUCGAUAACAGUAUUGCUAACUUUAUACAGAGCUUCGUAUCUGAUAGAACAAUUUCUCAUUUUCAUCUCAUUCAAUACAAAAUUGUUAUCGAUUUGUUUUUUACAAUAAAAUUGACUGUGUUGAAGCUCCAUCUCCGUUGACGUUCCUCGGAAAAUCGCGGCGUCAAAGAGAAAAUCAAAUUGCACUACCAUCAUGUUAUUUCCAUGAUUCCCACUCUCAUCGACCAUGCUUUUUCUCGACCAAUCAGGGGCCGACCUGCACCUAUUCCAAACAAGGUUUGUGAUUGGCUGGGAAAACAAUAGGGAUGGUGACAAAACAAUGCCCCUUUCCCUGAAAACAAUAGGUAGUGCAGGUUAUAGGCGAAUCUUGGGUGACGUCAUUGUUUACAUUUUUCCUCAUUAGCAUACGACUUAACUCAUAGAAGUCGUGACCGUAUAUAUAUCAACUAAAUGCAAAAAUUGAACGAGCUGAUUAAGUUGAGCAAUUUGUGCGAUUUUCAGCUCUUUGCAAGCAAUAUUGAAGGAAAUAUCAGCCGUCAAAAACUGCGAAAUUGCUGUGUGGCAAAAAAGUUAAUGAGCCGUACAUUCUCUGUAAAAUUUAGAUUUUUAGAAGCGAAUUUCUCCGAAACCAUUCGGUGUAUUGGGCUCAAAUUUUCAGAGAAAACUGAAACUAUUAUGCCCUUUGAAUAUUCAGACUUUUUACUGUAUUAGCGUCACCAGAUAGUGAUAAGCAUAUGUUAAUGAACCAAAAAGUGUAAACAAAGAUUCGCCUAUAGCCACCAAUGAAACACUAAGAGGUUUGGGUGAGUGCAGGUCAAUCACCAAUCAGCGCGCGCAAUAAAUUGAUUGUAAAAUUCUUAUUUUAGAAAAUAUUUGCCUGCAUUUACUCAACAAAAGUAACUGAAAUGUCUUACUUUUGUCAGGUAUUCUUUGGCGACAGUACCUCCGUAGUAAAGACCCAUUUGUGUUCUUGUCAUGCGCAAAAGACUCCAUGCUUUAUCAACAUGUAUUCAGUGACGCUCAGCAUCCAGCAGACCACGCCCCAAGGGUUGGACUGUCAAUGAACGUCAAUGGAGACAUCAGUGUUGCGUGUUGUGACUCGUUACCAAAACGAUUUCCGGUACAAAGCAUAAUACACACAAGACCGUGAGUUCCCUAGAUACAGAAAUACACCGUUAAUAGAUACACGGUCUUUGGGGAACAAGGGAUGGCGCAGUGGUGAGAGCAAUCGUCACUCACCAAUUUGUUUUUUUUGCUCGAAAAGUUACAAAAACGGGCCCAGGGCCCGGAAGGGGCCAGAAGAAGAUAUGCAGAAGGGCCCCCAAAAAAUCCAGAAUGGUCCCAGACCUUUUACCAAAAUUUUGAGUACAGGGAGGUGAAACAAUCGACAUUGACCUAAAAGGGCAAUUUUAAGGUCAACCAUGAGAGUCGGUCGGGGUGAUGUCGCAUUGCACUGUGGGAUUGUUGCGGUUACGCUAUCGCUGCUCUUAUUGUUACAAAGUUGCAAAGGAAACUGGGUCAAACUUCGUUUCCCAGAAAAAGUCCCGUGGUGCAGCCCGACACAACUCCGACCCAGUCCCAAACCCAACUUAAAAAUGACCAAUACUUUGUCCCUAGUCCCUAGUCCGGCAUCUACCGCGGUCAAACGUCUAUUAAGGCGUCUUCUUGUUCUGUUUGGCUGGGAUUUCAUUCAGCAGUAAGUGGAUUGGAGACGUGAGCAAAGACGUAUAAAAUACUUAGUCAACCUAACUAUCUUCUCAUUUUCCUCAAAAUAUUGAGCAUCUUUUCGGUAAAAACGCUUCACGCCCGAGUAAAAUUAUGCUGGUAAAUAGCGCCCACAGUGACACAAUUUUCAGUUUCAGUAACUAGAACUGUUGUACUAAACUGUCAAAACGUUAUCUUAGUCUUUCAAAAGUGAAAGUAACAACCUUCGCGUUGCAGUACUUUGCUUAGCUCUUGCAAAUUUUUCUCGUUUGAGCAGAAGUCCGGCCAUGCCUUAUAUAACCAACUAGUUUGCCUUCUGGCAGUCACGUUACCGUAUUUCCUUGAAUAAUAGCCAGGAGCGAUUAUUAUUUUUUCGCACACAAAGGGGACGAUUAUUCGAGGGACGGCGGUUAUUUUAAAUAUUCCCGUUUGGGGUGGGAGGGCGAUUAUUCGAUGGAAGCGAUGAAUUGAGGGACCGCUAUUAUUUGAGGAAAUACACUAGUAUGUUGGAUGUGGAUUGUUUGUAAUUUUGUCAGUGGAGUGCCCACAAAUUAGCUUCCAAUAUAGGAAAAUCAUUUCUAUCACAUUUCCAAUCUGACGAAUUCCGGUUUCUUUUUACAGGCGUGGUGGUAAUACUACUGUUUUCUUACACAACAGUAGUCUGACAUCACAGCGCAAGUUUCAAGACAUUGCCGAUAACAUAACGGAAGUGAAAAGCAGGGUUGUUGUUCAUCAAAAUAAGGAGAUUACAGUGAGUAAUUACUAGGGACCCAAAGUCAAAUCGUUUAUACCUAGAGUUAUAGGUAGUAGACGGACAUGUUUUCAAUGUAGCUAUAAAGAAGGCGACCAUGAUUUCUCAGAUAAGUUAUUGGAGAGCUUAAAUGGGGCUAUGUUAGGCUUUUUGCGUCAAUUGGAUUUCAAAAAUUGUCCGGUAUUGCUCGAACUCUUUGCGGAAGACCAUCCUAACACUACACUUUGGUAGUGUUAUUAAGGAAUUUAAGAAAAGGCGUUUUUAAGCUACUCACCUCAACCGGAAGUGGACUUUUUACAUUCCUUAUUAGCGGCCGGUUUUGCCAAAUUUUUCAGCUAAAUCGUCUCUACGAAUGUAAAGAAACUAGGCAAUACAAAUUUUAUGGCGUCAAGGCAUAUUAAGGAUCAAUUAAGGUUUCUGGGAAACUGCCCACCUACCCCUCCCCUAAGCCAUCAUUUUGCCCUAAGCAAGAAGUAAGUGUUAAUGUUAGCUUAGGGGAGGGGUAGGUGGGCAAUUUCCCCAGACACCUAAAUUGAUCCCAUAUUAAAAGGGAAAAGUCCUCACUUCCGGUUGACGUGCGUCUCUCAAAAACACCUCGUGUUUCGAAAUAGUCAGAAUCAUAUUUUUUAUACAUUUGCUCCUUUAGAAACGAGAAAGAAACUGGACCGAGUUGACUUUUGCAAGGCUCGCUGGGAUCGUUACUGGGGACGCGCUGGUCAGCUAUUGGACAAUUUUUUUGUUGUCCCUGGUAACAGCCCCAGAAGUCUUUGCGAAAGUAAACUCGGUCCAGUUUCCUUCUGGUUUCUAAAGUGGCGAAUUGUUAAGUACCCUUUUUUUCUGGGAUCAUUACUGGAGAAGAGUCGGUUAGCUAUUGGUCAAUAAUUUCGUUGUCCCUAGUAACAGCCCCAGAAGUCUUUGUGAAAGUAAACGUGGCCCAGUCUCCUUGUUUCCAAAGUGGCGAAUCGCUGAUUAUAGUCAGACAAAGAUAUUUUCAUACACGGGUUUGUUGUCCUUUUCCUUUUGCAGAAGAAGGAUUGGUUUGGCCUCCUCGCUCAGAGCUAUCAGCUGAGUGGACGGUCAUACUCUGAUCUGUGCGAGUACAACUGCCACGUAAGGGACAGUUUUCUUUCUCUUUGCUUUCUUCAUAAAACCUCAACGGCCUUACAGGUCUUGAAACUUUUUUUACUAGGUAUUAUUAUCAUUAUUAUUACCAUUCUCAGAGUGACGCCAUUAGUGCGAAACUCUUUUUUUUACUUGUAACAUAUUUUUAUAUGGUACUGUUCUUUUUAAUGACGUAUUGUUGGUUUUCACAUGACGUCACUAAAUUUCAAACUAAAAAACUAUCGAUCCUACCGAGAUUUUACUUUCACGAUGUAUUAGAGCAGCUGAAAACUAAUUUUCAUACAAAUUUCCGCUUCAAAAAGGUUCUUGGUUUUGUGAUACAGUAUGUUUGAAUUUCUAAGCUUUUGCGUGACGGGGCAUUUACAUCAUGGCCAAGAGAGCUGUCGUGUAGGUUAAAAAAAUGACUUAUUUCAGGAAAUUUUGCUAUCUAAACAGUUCAUGUAUUAGAAAAAGAAUUACUUUAAUGUUUAUGAGUUUCUCGAAGCAUAAAUUCACGCUUUUGUAGCAAAACUCGGUAACAGCUGUUUCUUUUGGUUGCCAUCCGCCAUGUUGGAGCUCAUCCAGGUGAGCACCAGCAUGGCGUCUCCAUACAAAUCUCUACAAGUUUGGGUAAAACAUUUCUUCGGAUAUCUCGUAGACGAAAUAUUCUUCUGCCCUGAAUCUUGGCGAGGGUCUUUGUGUAUGUACCUCCUUUCAUUUCCCACAUUCUGGACUUAAUCUGUUGAACGGUUUUGAUUUUUAUUUUGAUCCAUUUUGAAUGGCGUGACACUGAAAACCAGCAAUUGUUUUUUUUUCUUGUAUUUAUAGAACAUUCUUAUUCUGUUGUCGUUUGUCUUGAUAAUGACGUCCGAGAAAGUCGAAACAUCGUCAUAUUUUUUAACGUUUUUUAUAAUUUCUUAAAUGGUUUUUUAGCAACAUUUUUCGCAUUUUUUAGAGCCAAAAUUUUCGACUAUCAUUAUUAUUAUUAUUAUUAUUAUUAUUAUCAUCAUCAUUAGAUUAGAUUCUGGGAAACAACCAACCUACCCCUUGCAAACUCAACGUAAACACCGAUGUCUCACUUAGGGCAAAACGUUGGAUUAAGGGAGAGGUAGGAGGGCAGUUUCGCAGAUUUUUAUAUUGAUCCGAAAUACCCUCUAGGUUGCUGCUAAGCUUAUGAUGCAGGAGCAUGCGCAGACGUGGUCAGUCUUGAAAACUCUCUACAGUAGCGUGGGAAGUCCUGGUUCAACACCUGCAACGCUGGCACCCAGUACUAAAAAUCCUCUCGCGACCGGAAGUCAUGGCAGUGGUGGGGGCCUGAGUACCGCCGGAAAUAUUGAACCUGCUACUAGUGAGUAAAUACGCCGGUUUUGUUUUAAGUUUGAGUUUUUCAACCUGACUUUAGUGACACCGACGUUUAGGAUGAGGUUGUGAGUGUUGACGCGUUUCCUGGAGAGGUUUUUUAAGUUAUAAUCCGCUUAUAUUAGGAACUGUGUAAUAAUUACCAAGCAAGGCUAGGCAGCUUUUGAAAUGAGUGCAAAACGACUACAAGUUAACUUGAUUAAAUGAACCAUCCUGUAACAAUAACUAAAAUAACUCCCCCCCCCCCCCCCCCGCUGUUAAAGCCGAUCACUAAGGCACAUUUCCACGUGCAACCAAUUGGUCUCUUUUUCUUCUCUUUUCUCUCUUUCGCGCCGCUUCCAAAAUCAAAAGCUAUUAAAAAUUCUACACUGAACUACUAAAUACGUCUGUACUAUGUAACGUAACGUAACGUAACGCCUAAUGCAGGAGUUGUUUACCAGAAAUGAUGGUAUUUAUACAGUCGAACCCUGCUUACGGCCAUCUCUCCACUACGGCCACCUCUCUACAACGGCCACUUUUUUCGGCGGACAGUCCAUACAUUCACUCUUGUUUAAACCUUUCCUGAACGGCCACCGCUUCACAACGGCCACUUUUUUUGGCGGACAGUCCAUACAUUGACUCUUGUUUAGACCUCUCUGCAACGGUCACUUUCUUCUGUCGCCAAGGUGGCUGUUGUGGGCAGGUUUAACUGUAGAUGCUUACAAGUCACAUUUCUCCUUUUAGCUGGAAUUAGCAGUCAAAGUAAUGUCCAGAGCACACCAAAUCCAAAAUCAUCAGCUGAACCAACAGUGGCACACAGUACUGGGUUACAAGGAGACACUCAAGGUAAAAACAGUUGGUCCACAAAGCUCCAUGCAUUAUUUUAUUCUUGGUUUGCAACCACGUGACAAGCCGGGGGGGUAAUCCCUAUGAUGGCUUAUACGGGUAGGCUCCGCCCGGAAGGGGUAUCUUCUUCAGGCUUCAGGUAUAUGAAAGGGUCAGGAACUUUACUUGUAGCAGUAUAUAAAAGGGUAGGGAAAUCUGUCGUUUUAGUUUGUAAAAGGGCCCAAAAGGGCUAACAGAUGAAUUUUGUGGCUCUAUUAAGUCGAGAAAACGUUUUUUAACGAUUUAUUCCUAUUUAACAGACAGUGCAUUUACAACAGUUAAAAGGGGUGCAAAGUUGUAAACAAGGUAUGUGAAAGGGGCACAAAUUGUCAAUAGAAGGUGAAAAUCGUAUAUAAAAGGGUAAGGGGUUGGACCUCGGGGUGGAGCCUCCCCGCAUGAAUAUUUGUUGAGUACCCUCCGGGGUGACAAGGCGGCCAUGUCGGGGAUCAAUACAAUAUUUUUUUCUCGAAGAAUUCACAUGAAAAUAUAAUCUAGUUCUUAGAGGAGAGAAAUGCUUUUGUUCUUGAUCACCAACAUGGCCACCGUGACGUCACCUGCAAGCCAGCAAUUCUGCAAGCAUGUUUUGACUUACGUUUUACCCAUAUUCACCGUUAAGUGUAAGGAAAAGUAUUCUAGGAGUACAUUAAAAGGUAAUGUAUGGGGUUAUACAGACAUCAUACGAUUUCAGUCGCUCGUUUCUCAGUUAAGAGUUUUAAGAAGCAAUAUCACAGUAUAGCUCUUGUGUGUAUUUGUUAGGAUCUCUACCACUAAUGAGUAAAAAGGUUGGAAUCCUUCAUAAUUAAUAAAGGUGCACUUCCGUAACGGAAGGGUCCAUGUCCCCAGGGUAACCUGGAUUCUAUAGUAAGAAGCAUGUGGGAAGGUGUGAUAGUCUAUCGCCGUGUUUCCUGUGUCGUUAAUACUCCUGGAUUAAGGUAGGUAGUGUAAUGCAGAACAAGAAAACAACGCCAUCAGUGUGAGGCGAGAUUUCUUGUCAAAAGUCAAAACCAAUGAGUUGGCCGGCGUCAAAGCACUUGAGGUCCGAGGAGCUAACUACUCUGUAUGGCACCAUGUGUUAUACUAGUAAUAACCAGAGUUUACGGACUGCGGGCGACAACGAUCGAAGGUCAAAACGCUUUUGCUCCAGCACUGUGCUUUGCGUAAGUCUCAGCUGACAGAUGGUGAUGAUGCUCCUCUUGUCGCCCGCAAUAACAAAUUUACUACUGGAACUUCCAACAUUUCCCUCUCUUUUUUAUUCUGGUUUCUUUAGAUGAUAACGAUGAUUCAUCUUCAUCAAGCAGUGAAGGACAUUCCAAGUUUCCAAGCUUUGCCGGCGGAGGUAUUAACAAUGCGAAAAAACUGUCACUAAAAGAGGCGAAAUGUUAAUUCAAAGAGGAGAGACGUCAAAUUGUUGUUGCUCGAAAUAUCUAAAAGUCGUAAUUGAGUUGAGGGGAGAAAAGAAAAGAGAGGGAGCGCAUUAAGUUUCUUCCGCCCAAAAAGGGGGGGGGACUUAUUAGAGAGGGGGAGCUUAUUUGAGGGGGGGGAAUUUAAUACAAGAAGAAAUUUAAUGCAGAUCACCCCUCUCCCCUGCCCCCUAGUGGUGAAGGCCAGAUACUCUGCAGGCUAGCCUGAGUUUGCUUUGGUGAUAUUUUUGCGGUCACUAAAUAUUCGUUCCAGUUCGUUUGAUGAACACAUUUCGUUGAAUAUACGAAACAAAACCCACAAGUGUGAAGAUAUGGCCAAAGUUACCAAUUUACAUCCAUUUUUUUUGUUGGCCUAGGAGAUUAAGGUUUUUUUGUGACGAUUAAAUCUGAAUUUCGUGUUAUUUGGUUUUCCAUUCUAUCUUGUACUGGUGUUUUCAUAGAUAUUAUGUUCAGUGAAGAUCAGGAUGACGUGCCGUUUUUCUAUGAUGACUCUUUCCGCCUCCAAGACGGUCCGAGGGACUGGACAUUACCUAGCGUGAGUAUUUGUGCAUUCUGUGUUAUCAUUUUGAACUCGAUAUCAAGGAAUUUAAUAGGAGUUUAAGUCAUUUUUAGUGUGAAAGAUUUUUCAGUCGCCCCAAAUACAGAGAACUUAUAGCUCAACAAUUACUGCUUAUUAUGCGAGGAGGAUUACAGAUUUAAAAUUGGAAAUUUCAUCAGUGCGCGAAGCGCACGCUUUGAAAUUAGAAUUUCACGAGCAAACCAAUCAGAACGCAGCAUUGAUAAUAGACCACUAGUUGGAUUUUACUAAAAUAGCAUUUCUCCCAUUUUUCGCGUCAAAAUCAAGCCAUUCAAAGCCAAAGCGAGGCCAGAGUCUCGAUCCCAAGUAAAAUCCUCAUUCUCAAGAAUGGGUGAAAGCUAGAAAGCAAGGCGAGACGAGUGAGUCAUCAAUUAUCGACAUAUUUAUUUGCACUAAAUUAUUCCGAACUAUAAUUAUAUAACCGAAAGACCUCGUAAACUUAUGGAUAGCUCUCAAUCUUCCUGAAAUCCAGUGGACUAUCAGUCUCUUGAUAUGAUAUAAAACCUGAACAAUCGAUAUAUCACUGCCAGUGUCACUCUGAUGAUCUCACAAAUCCAUUUAACAAUCCUUGAAUAACAAAACAACUUCAACAAAGAGUAGCUCAUCACCAAACUGCAGUGGGGUACACAGUAAAACUUCUCUGAUGCUAACCAUGAUUAGCCGUCCUUGGCACCUGUAAUAUGGAGCAAACCGAGAUCAGAUUUAAGACAUACCGUAUACAAUUAUUCCUCUCUGAGUCAAUAGCCUAUGAGGCCGAAGGCUGAAUGGGCUAUUGACUCAUAGGCCAUGAGGGCGAGAGGAAUGAUUGUUUUAGUGAAAUCCAACUAUUUGGUCAAAAAUAUUGAGGCAAAACAACUUUAGCUAGCAAAACGCGAUUCAGCCGCCAUUGUUUUGGUUUUCAAAGCCGGCGCUUUUCGCUACCAGUGGGCUAUAACAUAUAGUCUAGUAGUAGCUCAACCAAUCAGAACGCAGCAUUGAUAAUAGACCACUAGUUGGAUUUUACUAAUAUAUCUUAUUUCGGUUUGCUUGGGAAAUAUUAAUUUCAAUGCGUGCGCUUCGCGCACCGAUGAAAUUUCCAAUUUCACUUCACAAACCUCAAUAAGAUAUAAUAGCUUAUGUUUAAUGUUCCUCAGCUAUCCUUGCAAUACGGUAGCUUGAAAAGAGUCCUGCCCUUUCUUAUAACCAAUCUCCCUUAAAUAAUGCCGUCUAAAAGUGGACUCCUUUUCUCACUUUGCCAUCUCUUGACAAAAGAGUCCUUUGGCCUUGUUCUUAGAGGCGUAUGUGCCUCGUGCUGAAUGAGCACGAAACUCAGAGGUAUCAACCCUAGUUUUUUUCAUAAGUUUAACCAGUCACCCUGCAGUUGUGCCUGGUACUACGUCCUAAUGGGGCUUUAUAUAGCUUAGCAGUAACUGAUACUUAUUAGAGCCUACACGCCAAAGCGUUCGAAGUAACAGGUAAUGGUUGAGAAAACACACAGCAAAGGAUCACCCUUAAAUUCUGUUUGAUGGGACUCUGUCUUUUUCUCCUAGACUCGGUAAGUUGUGCAAGCUCAAAAGCAAUAGAGUUAUCCUUAACAGACAUGUAUCUUAAAUACCUAGCCGUAAGGUCUGAGGAUCGACCUGCAGAUGUAAGAGCUAGUGGCAUGUUCAGCUUAACAGUCACCACCUCUACGUUGUGAUUGGGGCCCACCUCAAAAGGGCUGAUGAGAGUCUCUAGAACCUCGUCCACGAUAGCUAUCUCUGCGAAGAGUGGAACCGUGUUAUCCUGAGGAACGAGGCUUCUGAGAAGAGCCUGAUAUGUGGUGGGAAGUCUCCUUUGUUGACUUCCGAAUCUUGGUGGCCGUGCAAAGGGCCGUAUAAAACUUUUACCAAACAGAUUCUUUUAAGAACGGGAGGAGGAUGAUUCGUGCUUGUUCAGCAACUUUUUUGCUUUCUUCAUAUCAUCUGUGAGACGACCUAAUAUGCCCAACCGGCGAGCAUAAGUUAAACUCACGUUGGCCUGCCCCAGCAAAGUGACAGAUUGCUCAACCAAUUUCAGGCAAACAAACAAGUGCAGCCCAUCCUCAGAGUCGCCAAUACGUACAUUUUCCAGGUUUAACCAGAAUCUCCCCAGUGAACCCAUGACAUUGUUAAUGCGGGUUUAUGAUUUUGACAAUAUGCCGUCACUUUCGCGGCCGUACGACCACAGGUAGCCCAAGCUCGAAAUAUGACCAUCGGCGAGCAUCGGCAUUGUUGAAAGGAUUUCAAUAAAAACAGCUUACCUUACUUAAAAUGUGUUCCACGGGCCGAUUUAUGGCCGUUUUAUGUCAGUUUUAUGGGUUUUUAUGUAAAAAACCGUGUACAUAAAACCCAUAAAACGGCCAUAAAUCGUUUGGAUUCGCUAUGGUUUAGUUUCAACGAGCGAGACGAAACCAUCUAGUGCGAAGCCAUUUUUGAGAAUGAGGAAUUUUACUUGGGACCGAGGCUCUAGCCUCGUUUUGGCUUUGAUUUUGGCGCAAAAGCUGGGAGAAUACGCUAUUAUAACUUAUGGAGGUUUGUGAAGUGAAAUUAGAGCUCGGCCGAGUGCGAGUGAUUCAGAGACUCGGCAGUGAAAAUACCAGCUGGGUAGUGACUCGAUUUUCAAAUAAUCAAUUCAUCAUUAAAAUCUAUGAAGUAUACUUGACCCGGCUUGACUAUGAAUCAAUCUUUCUUUAUUUUACAGGAAGCGUUCGAGCCUAGGGCAGCACUAGAUGACAGGUAAUUAAACUUGUGGAAAUGGAGUUACAUCUUUGACUAUAUCGUGCAAAACCCCCGCAAUGUUUUUUUACCCGCCCGCUUCAAGUCAAAGUACUAUUGACAACCACAUGUCUCCUGCUCAUCUAAUGAGGAAACAAAACAGACUGCAAUACCUCAGAAAGUGCAUGAAAGUGUAUGACAUUUUCGUAGAAAAUAUUACUGUUUCUACUGGGUUUCUUGAAUACCUGUAACUUGUUAGUGUAAUAGAGUGUAGUAUUCUAGGAGACAAGGCUAACAUGUGAACAACUCAAAUCGAGAAAAUUAUCUUUUAAUUGAGUACAGUGGUUUAGCGUAGCAGGACAAAGCCAUUAAAUCGUACUACGUGUACGUGCAAAUAAAACUUGUAAGACAUAAACACGACACCGAUACAACCCACCCAAAAUAGAGUGGAGUUGUAGCCGUCGACAGCUGUUUCGCAUUUAUAGCGGCUCGUCAGGACGGCACACCAACAGACAGAACAAAGACGCUCUACUGAGAAAAUACCCGCUCGCUUUGUUGUAAGCCCUAACAUUGGACCACAACACCCACCGAAUCACACCACAUCACGUGUCUCCGCUAGUCCGGAAGGCAAAAGCCCAAGUGUCGCGUUGAUGUCUCGCAAAGAAAAUGUAAAGGAUGGCCAAAACCAACCUUAGAAACAAGGACAAAGCCAUGCAAAAUGCACAGCAUAUCCGUCCUACAAAAUAGAUCUACGGCCCCAAAUAAUUAAAUAAUUUAUAAUAAUUAAUAUUUAAUUUCCCAGGCCAACUUCACCUUCACUUGAUCAGGAACCAGACAGACCCGAGUCACCCACAAGGUUUGUUGAGCUCUUUUUUUUUCUUUUACCCUCGCCCAAGUAUACGUAUCUAGGAAACUGCUCACUUAUCCCUCCCCUAACCCAGCACUAAGACUUACUUCUCGCUUAGGGCAAAAUGUUAGCUUAGGGGAGGGGUUGGUGGGCAGUUUACCAGAAACGUAUAAUGAUCGCCCCAUGUAAGGUAUUCCGGAAUCCGGGAAAUUUUUGCUCGUGGAAUCCGGAAUCCUUAGCUUCAAGUUUCCCCUGACAAGGAAUCCAGAAUUUACAGUGUAGAAUCCAGAAUCCAAGAUUGUCUUGGAUUGCCUAACGCAGAGCGACAAGUGAAAACAAAACUGUUGUUCACUACGACUCUUUUAUUAUCACUUCCUGGAGCUUUCCACAAUGUUUCAGGGAGCGCUCUUUUAAUGUCUCUGUCCUUUAUUUUACAGCAAUGUCGAGUCAGAAUCAUUAAGCGCCACAAAUGUAAAAUCCCUGUUAGAUUCAAGCAGUGAACAUCAAGGUGCUGAUCCCACUUCGAACAAAACAUUGGUAAGUACAACGCGAUUGAACACAGGUUGUACAUUUCAGCUCAUUAUUCUUUGUUACUACGCUCCUCAAGAUUGAUCACCGGUUGAGCAAGAACUUAACCUUGAGUGAAGUUGUUGUUGUUUUUUAUUUAAUCUCCUUUUGUCAUCGGUUCGACCUGAUUCCUUUUAUGUGAAUUUAGACACACCGCUACCCACUAGCUAUACUCAGUACUUUAAUAAAACUUGUUUGGAUGGUUAUUUAUCUCAUUCUAUGCUAGCCUCUUCCUGAAUGGGAUUUCACGUCACUGGUUGUGGAAAUGCUUCAUCACUUAGCAAACCAGGUAAAGUAUCGAUUGUUCCCCUUUUCCCUCUAGCCUCUAGCUUCUAACCUCAUCAGCCCUGUUUGUAAUGCAUGUUGGUAAAAGAAAGUGUUUGUUUUGAAGUUCCAUCGCCAGUAAAUCCCGUAAAAUCAAUUUGUAAAAGACGCUCUAACCAGGAUGAGUUUGUGGCAGAUUUUUUUAAUCAUAUCUUGGGAUUUAAAGUUCCUGGUAGAUUUAGCAAUUCUCAUUAAUUGACCUUCCCUUUUUUUUGGUCCAAUAAUGAAUAGACAAAUCUUCGUCACCAGGAAAGCCAUCGCCAUGUGUGUCACCACUAUCUCCUUCACUUCCUCCACCACCAUCUUUAACUACCACAGUUAUCCCCAUCGCUGUACACAUCACUGACCACCAUAUUCACAGUCGCUACCACCACCACCAAAAUCAAUCCUUAAUAUAUAGAUUUAGCCAAGGCCAAAAGCGAAGCUCUCGUGGGAACGUUUAAGAAAGUUAAGUUUUCUGAACCUGUGAUUACUUGAAUACCACAACUGGUCAGCGGAGAACUUUGAAAAACAUUGAGUUUUAUACCUGAACCCGUAAUACAGUUAUGUAACACUGGUCAGCGGGUUCCCUAUAUUGAUAGCUGUCAAUUGAUCAUAGAAUUGAUGUCCAAUAUCAAGAUAAACACAAUUUGCAUGUGCCUUAGACUUUAAAGCUAGUAAGAUAUUUCACAUCUGCUACAUGAAGGGGUGGACGAACGUACGGACGAUUUUGUCAGAGGCAAAAUUUCUUGGAUGAAUAGCGGAGCUUCGCUCUAACCACCAUCAUUCCCGUCAGCACCAUCACCAUUGCGAUCGCCACUAACACCACUUCACUCACCAUCCCAACAUCAGCAUCCCCUUCAUUCCACCGAUUGUAUCACCAUUGCCACCACCGCGUUAUUGACCACUCCAGAAAAUACCAUAACAUACCAUAAUGCUCUUUGUUUGUAACCGUCAAAUUUUGCAUAAGCAUUGUUUUCAGUUUCUUUUGGGCCAUUUUAACUCCCAAGAGAAACUGAAGACAAUGCUUAUGCAAAAUUUUAGGGUGACAAACAAAGAGCAUUAUGGUAUACUAUGGUAUUUUCUGGAGUGUUCAAUUACCACCAUCACUUUUACGAUCCUUACUAAAACUUCUACAACACUAUCGUGAUCUUUCUUAUAACCACUUCCAUCUUUAUCACCAACCAUCGCCAACCAUUUCUCAUUUUCUUAUCUUCACACCAUUAUUCCCAACUCCACCCACUACACUACACUCACCAUCUCACCAUCGCCACCUCCAUCAUUCCACCUGUCAUCUCACCGUUGCCACCAUCUCUUUUACGAUCCUCACUCGUCCUUGUGUAUAACCACCGCGAUCCUCCCCAUAACCACGACCAUCCUUGUCACCAACCAUUGCUACUACAUUCCCAUUUCCUUCACCAUAUUUCAUGGUUGCCACAGGUCAAGAAAUGGUCACGGAAAAUAAAAUUUCUUCAAGGUCAGGGAAAAGUCAGGGAAUUUCACUUCGAUUCAGGGAAAAUUUAAAAGAAGUCUCUGAAACGAGUCAGGAAAAAGUGAAAUUUUAAGAGUACAUUUGUACAUUUUACGGACCUGAAUCGUGUUGUAUUGUUAGAAUAUUUCUCAUGAAAUUGAACAAUAUGCUAAUGUUGAGUUUUGAAAGAAAUCAAUCCUUUUUGCGCGUUAUAUUAAGGAACUAUCGGUUCAUGUACAUUGCCCGUAACCUGCUGAAAGCAUAAAUAAAUGGGUGGAGGGGAUCAGGGUGUGAGGGGAGCAUAGAGUCCAUUAUCAGGACUAAUUUAUGAAAUUGUUAACUCAGUUCGACAGAAAAAUUUUACAUUUGUCAGGAAAACAUCAGGAAAUUUUAGAAACCUCUCGCUGUGGAAACCAUGUAUUUACCAUCCUCAUUAACCUCACCAUUACCGUCGCCAUUAUCUCCACCUCCAUUCCUACACUACACCCACCAUCGCCACCUCCAUUAUUCCACUGGUCGUAUCACCAUUGCCACCACCACGUUCAUCAAUUUCGUCCAUCACCACCUUGCGAUCCUCACUAGUGCUUCUACAUCACUAUCAUGUUCUUCCUCGUAAGUACUACCAUCCUCAUCACCAACCAUUGCCAAACCAUUCUCAUUAUCCUCACCAUCAUCACUUCCUCAUCAGCCCCACUAUCACCUAUACCUAGAACUCCGGAUUCCAGAUUCCAUAAGCCAAUAUUUCCGGGAUUCCAGAUUCUACAACCAAAUUUUCGCGGGAUUUCGGAAGACAGUCUUGGAGUCUGGAUUCCAGGCCCUGGAUUCCGGAUUCCUAGUCAGUGGAACUUGGAUUCCGGAUCCCCAUCGUUAGCGGGAUUCCGGAUUCCUUGAGCCCAGGAUUCCAGAUUCCAUUAGCAACCAUUUUUCUAAUUCCAGAUUCCACAAGUAAAAAUUUCGCGGAUUCCCCAGUCCAGAUUAUCUUACAUGGGGCAAGCCAUCGCUUUUACGAUUGUCAAUCCAACUUCACUAACUCAAUUCUCCGAACAUCACUGACAUCAUUAACCUUACCACUGUUAUUAGAGACCUUUUGAUUCUAACAAAAACUCAUGAGGGGUUGAAACGGGUAACACUCAUAUGUUUGGUUUGUGUAAUGCUCGUGAAUAUUCAUUUUCAAAAGUACCAGCAAAUUUUUCUGGAGUUGAAUUCUUAAGACUGAAUUAAAGUUCAGGAAAAGAAAGGGAAAGUCGCUGUCUUGUUUUUUUUUUUUUGCCUUCCACAAAAUGUGAAAUCAUAGGCACUUGCAUGUCGUAGUCUUGCAGUGAUGGCAAAGAAAUGAACAGAAAAGCGUGAUGCACGUCCAAAGUUGUUGUUAAACCGGCUUUUUGAGGCCCGCAGCAAGGGUUUCCAAAUAUGGUACUUAGAAAAAUGAAUAUUCACGAACAUUGUACUCGAGUUACCCGUUUCCCCGUGUUUAUGAGAUUCCGAUUCUAAGACGAGUACGACAACGAGUACGAGAUUUUCUCAAUGCUAAGUAGUGCCACGCGUGAGUCAGCGUCAUUUUGGGGGGGGGGGGGGGGGGAACGUGGUAGCCUUGUCAUUCUACCACGAGUUUUAGCGAGAGUGUCAUAGUGACGCAAACAAGUUAUCAAAUGUUAGAAGUUUUAUCAUUCUUCGAUCGGGAAAGGGGUUAACCUCCUCCAAUAAAGAUAGUAGUACUAACUUUUCUGGUGAAAAAAAGUGUAAUGAAGUGUUCUGGGGUGUCCAUUUUUUGACACUGCGAGAAAAAACUUUGAAUCAAAUCUCGUACUCGUAGUCGUUUUGGUCCUUGAAUCUAAAGGUCUUUAUGAUGAUGACCGUGGCCAUCUAUAUAUAUUAGAUGGCUACAAUAGUACUUGCUCUGAUUGGCUGCUAAGCGGGCAAGAUUUUCUUGUAUUGACCGGGCCUUACUUGUGUCCAAGGCAUGUACGGUCUGUGUUUAACUUGAUAGUGGACAUUCACGUUAUAGUCAAUUAACAGCUGUUAAAAAAGAGUAUACGGUGAUCAGUGUCACAUGACUGUAUCGCGGGCUCAAUUGUAAGUCAACUGCUGACCAGUAAUUGGUUUUAAUUGAUCGCAGGCUCAGGUCCAAGAUUUCUCAUUGUCUAAGGAAUUUCGAUCGCAUCGCCAAAUUCAUGUCGGUUCAUUGAACGCGACUUCGAAUGACCUCUUGCUCGCGGAUGUUGAAAAUUACUUCCGGUGUUUUUUUUUUUAUUUUAUUAAUUUUAAGAAUAACGCUAAAAUGGCCAUAAAAUAAGUAACUUAUGAACCUCGUCCGUUGGGUCAUUACGUAUACAGGAAAAUCUCAGACCUCGGCCUUGAUGUAUUAACCGAGCGUUAUCGAGGUCAAUGCAUCAAGGCCGAGGUCUGAGAUUUCCCUGUAAUAACCUCACUCUCGAUUAAUAAGUGGUAUUUACUGAAGUAUUUUGAUGAUGACAGGGUGACGUUCAAAUGUGUGCUUCGGCGUUAAUUGUUCUUGGGGAUAAAAUCCGUGACAAAAUAGACGAACAAACUCAAGAACAGUGGCUUAUGUCAUACAUUGGUAAGUACCAUUUCGAUUUAUGUCAGAAGCUCCCAAACUGGCCAAUAGGUUUGUAGAUUUUUCUGUAGUUUUUGCAAAUGACAGUAAAAGUAGGCGUGGAGUGUGGGGGGAUAUUGUCGUCUUAAGCUGUAAGUGGAGAUUCGGUUAUAUGCAGUGUCCGUUGUCCUGGAAUCGGUAAGGCACAUUCUUUUUGUAAUUUACUAAUUGACAACGAGACAGUUUCUGAGAGUUCCUUGCGCCAAGCGAAAAAGGUGCCCUUCCUCCUUUCACAGAUUGUACAAAUACCCAAAAUUCUCUAUCUGCGAACUUUAUUUGUAGUUGUCGAUUUCAUAAUGUAGUCUCCUUCCGUGCUAGGAAGGGUUGUCUCACGACGAGGCAAAAAUGAGAGGUAGGAGCUCGUCGUCGAGAGAGACCUCUGCUAGCAGGGAAAUAGUUUCCACGCUAAACGUCAUUUUCUUGUGACAACAGACCUACUAGGACGUCUUCAGCUGUGGUCAGUUGCGACACAGAUCAUCAAACUGUCCAGUCUACCUACUGUCAGGCGCUUGAACAAGGUAAAAUUUUGAGUACUUGAAAACUUUUGACCCCGGAAAUAAAAUUUUCGAUCUCUCAUGAGCAGGUUUUUGUAUUAGACAUCUAGCCCUAGUUGUUCAAAAGAUAGAUCACGCUAGCUAUCUAGUGGAUUAAUCUCUAUCCAGUGGAUAACGCAGUUACUUUCCCUAAUACUUAUCCGCUGGGUAGUGAUUUAUCCGAUGGAUAGCGCUAUCAAGCGUUUGAACAACUGGGAUCACGAAUGGAUAACUGUUUAAACCUAUCAGAUUCGCGCAUACGCAGGGGAGCUACAACCUGUUGCAAAAAUACUUAAAGCACUGUACCUUGUUUGGGCUUCAAUGGCUGCUCCAUGAUCUUGUGCUGCAAGCCCCCCCCCCCCCUUCCUCCUCCUCUCCAUGUCAAAGCUUCUAGAGACAACAUUUUUUGCAACUGAUUGUAGGAGCCACUUAACUAGUUAAUAUGUAAACUAAUUUUUCUUCCGAUCAGGCUUCUACGCAUGUCUAUACUGUGUGUGGUCGAUGUUCCAAACCUCUGCCGGUGAAUAAGUGUGGCUGGUACUGUGAGAGAUGUCGUUCCCUAGUUCCACCUUGUUCUAUAUGGUAAGUAGAUUUCUUUCAAUCUACUAAUUUAGGGCCGUUUUUUUAAAAUGAAAAAUAUAAAUUAAUGAUAUGAACUCUAAAAAUUGUAAAUAAGUGUGUAGGAGUGGCGUUGUUACUUCAGGCGCCCAUGAGUCGGAGCCAGCAACUUCCGUGUGCUUGUUUUACGGUGUUUUCACGGACCAGUUUGUUUUUAGAACGGUUUUAAUUUCCACAAACCAGUCAGCAAAACCUACAGACCUAAAAAUGAUAUUUUUUUGCCUUUUAAUAACGUUCAGUUUUCCUUUUUUAUAUCUUAUACUUCGAACGCGCCCGUAGACAUGGUGGAGGUUCUAUUUUCGCGGGAAAAAGUGCCCUAAAAUGUGUCUAAAAAUACACUGGUCCGUAGAAACGCCGUGACAUAGGCCUAGUAUUGGAGUAGCCUGCGUGGCAGGCGUUCGAAAGAGAAGGGGAAGGGAAUUAGGGCGCGAGGCUACGCGCGAGGACUCCUUCCUCGCGCGCCCCUCGCGUUUCUCUCGCACCUAAGGGUUGCUAUUUCUACUAUUUCUAAAGUUGGGCCAGUUUUUUCAAGCGUUACUUCUAUGGCUGCACUAACUUUUUCUCUUGUUUUAGUCAUCUAAUGGUAAAGGGGCCGAACGCUUGGUGCCAAGGCUGCGGUCAUGGGGGACAUCUUCUUCACAUGCAAGAGUGGUUCACAAAAUAUAUCUGGUGUCCCGCGGGUUGUGGACAUAUGUGCGAGUAUACGUAACCAGAAGCAGCCAUCAGACGAGGGUGGCGACCAUGAGGAGUAGAAAUAGGAAGUUUAAGAUACCACGAUGGCCACGGCCACGAAAGCGUCGCUUAAAAAGUGAAUUCGCGUUCUUUCAAUCUCUAUCGCGAUUAUUCCAACUCGCUAACUUUGUCAAAUGCAAGCGAAGUCUUCUGGAGCCGAAUUCCAGGAACUGUAUCCAGGUUCAUAAAGAGAAAGAAAGUUUCGUCGUCGCUUGUUAAUGUCCUCCAUAAAAAGCGUGAAAUUAGGCGAUUUCACGUCGUAGUCCUGCAGAAAUGUAGGAACGUGUGAUGCACGUGUAGUGUUGUUGUUUUAGGGCCUAUUCACAUGGAGGUGGUGGACCCCAGAUAGGUGAGGUAACAUGUGGCGGGUCACCCCACCUAUCAUGUAAACGUGAUCAAAUUAAAAUGAGAGGUUAUAUGGACAGGCGGGUUACCCCACCUAGCGGGUUACCUCGCCUUCUUGGGGUCCCCCACCUCCAUGUAAACAUGCCCUUACCUAUUGACUAUUAAGUUCGAAUCCCCCAUAACACACUGUUUGCCCCCCAAAUUUUGCAUAAGGUAUGGUCUUCAAAUACUCUUGGAAAAACGUAGUACUCCCAGGAGCAUUUGAAAACAAUGGUUUUUGCAAAAUUUGAGGGGCAAACAGAGUGUAUUAUGGGGGAUUUGAAAAUAGAAAAUUGCUUUUUGACGUUCUCGUUGUCUUAGAGAGGGAAUGCAUGUCAAAAGGGAGAGGACACCAAUCAUCGCUAAAAUAAGAGAAAUACAAAAAUUAUGAGAUAGAAUAAAAUUAUCGCCUCGAUAUUCGGUACAACACGAUGUUGUAAACCCCACGAGAAAAACAUUGCAAGGCCUUGUAAAGGAUGGAAUUAGGAUGAUAAUUAUUUUUUGAAGUAUUAUAAUAUAUUUUAAUUACCCUGCGAGCAGAGGUUUCUCUCUUGCAUGGGUUUUAGCGUUC